AUGCGGGCGGCCGUCUUCGCGGAGUGCGGGGCCGUUGGCUGCCGCGCGGGCGGCGAUCGUCGCGCGGGAUGGCAUUGUCGAGGAGGCCCUGUUCUUCCUCGGCGGGUCAGGAGCCAGUUCGGGAGCCAGGCCAACCCACAUUUGAAAUGGUGUCUGAGAGCCGAGGCAGAAACAAGCACAGAGGAUUCUGAGGUUGAAUUUGUGGAUGAGGAGGCGGCAAAGAGGCAGAAGGCAGAGGCUCUCAGGGCUCAGGAGAAGUUCAUGGUCAUCGGCGAGGGCAAUGCUACCUGCAGCAGCUGCGGAUACGAGUACCUGCGAGAGAAAGGGGAUAAAGAGUUUCCAGUGCCAGCAGGCACUAGUUUCCUGGACUUGCCUGAUGACUAUGUGUGCCCAUUGUGCGGAGCUGAGAAGUCCAAAUUCAGGUCCUCCAGCCAAGAAGUGGCUGGCUUUGCUGUCAACCAGGGGUAUGGCUUCGGUGCAAACACCAUGACGUCAGGACAGAAGCAGCUGCUCAUAUGGGGCUCAUUCGCCUUGUUUUUCCUCAUCUUUUUGUCUGGAUACUUGCUCACAUGA